AUGCGGCUGUGGAAGGCGGUGGCUUUGACCUUGGCCUUCAUGAGCAUGGACAUCAGCGUGACCACUGCCAUCUACGUCCUCAGCCUCUCGGACCGCAGCCUACUGGAGGACAUCCGUGACUUCAAUGUCUUUGACUCAUUGCUGGACCUCUGGGCAACCUGCCUCGUCCGCAGCUGUCUGCUGCUGGGAGUCACCAUCCAUAUGGCCAAGAACAUCGCUCUGGGCCCCCAGCGACUGCGGGCCUCGUGGCCGGUUAUCACCCUCAUGUGCCUCGGCGUGGGCAUCUACGCCAUGGUCAAACUGCUGCUCUUCUCCGAGGUGCGCAGUCACAUCCAGGACCCCUGGUUCUGGGCCCUGUUCGUGUGGACCUACGUCUCGCUGGCUGCUUCCUUCUUGCUCUGGUGGCUACUGUCCAUGGUGCGGCCGGAUGCUGAGUCCCUGGAGCCCGGAGUAGGCGACGAGGCUGAGGGCUUUGCCGAGCAGGCGUCGGGCGCCACCCUGAAGAAACUGCUAGCCUGCACCAAGCCAGACAUGGCCCUGCUGAUCGUGGGGGCCUUCUUCCUCAUCAUAGCCGCACUGGGUGAGACCUUCCUCCCAUACUACACUGGCCGGGCCAUCGAUGGCAUCGUCAUCCAGAAGAGCAUGGGCCAGUUCAGCACCAUUGUCAUUGUCAUGUGUGUGCUGGUCGUCGGCAGCUCGUUUGCUGCAGGUAUCCGGGGUGGCAUUUUUAGCCUCAUAUUUGCCAGACUGAACAUACGCCUUCGCAACUGCCUCUUCAGCUCGCUUGUGUCCCAGGAGACGAGCUUCUUUGAUGAGAACCGCACAGGGGACCUCAUCUCCCGCCUCACCUCGGACACCACCAUGGUCAGCGAUCUGGUCUCUCAGAAUAUCAACAUCUUCCUGCGUAACACGGUCAAGGUUACUGGCGUGGUGGUCUUCAUGUUCAGUCUCUCGUGGCAACUUUCCCUGGUCACCUUCAUGGGCUUCCCCAUCAUCAUGAUGGUGUCUAACGUGUACGGCAAGUACUACAAGAGGCUGUCUAAGGAAGUCCAGAGUGCCCUGGCCCAGGCCAGCAGCACGGCUGAGGAGACUAUCAGUGCCAUCAAGACUGUCCGGAGCUUUGCCAACGAGGAGGAGGAGGCCAAGGUGUACUCGCAGAAGCUGCAGCAGGUCUACAAACUGAACAAGAAGGAGGCAGCCGCCUACACCUACUAUGUCUGGGGCAGUGGGCUGACGCUGCUGGUGGUCCAGGUCAGCAUUCUCUAUUACGGGGGUCAUCUCGUCAUCUCAGGGCAAAUGACCAGCGGCAGCCUCAUCUCUUUCAUCAUCUACGAGUUCGUCCUGGGCGACUGUAUGGAGUCGGUGGGCUCCAUCUAUAGUGGCCUGAUGCAAGGUGUGGGGGCCGCCGAGAAGGUGUUUGAGUUCAUCGAUCGGAAGCCGACCAUGGUGCACAAUGGGAGCCUGGCCCCCGACCACCUGGAGGGCCGAGUGGACUUUGAAAAUGUGACCUUCAGCUAUCGCACUCGACCCCACACGCAGGUCCUGAAGAAUGUCUCCUUCAGCCUGGCCCCAGGCAAGGUGACCGCCCUGGUGGGGCCGUCUGGCAGCGGGAAGAGUUCCUGUGUCAGCAUCUUGGCGAAUUUUUACCCGCUGGAGGACGGGCAAGUGCUGCUGGAUGGGCAGCCCAUCAGCGCCUAUGAGCACAAGUACCUACACCGUAUGAUCUCCCUGGUGAGCCAGGAGCCUGUGCUGUUUGCCCGCUCUAUCAGAGACAACAUUGCCUACGGCCUGCCUGAGGGGACAUUUGCGGACGUGAUAGAGGCCUCAAAGAAAGCCAAUGCUCAUGACUUCAUCAAGGAGCUCCACGAUCGCUACGACACAGAAACCGGUGAGAGGGGUGCCCAGCUGUCGGGUGGCCAGAAGCAGCGUGUGGCCUUGGCUCGUGCUCUGGUGCGAAAGCCGCCUGUCCUCAUUCUGGACGAAGCCACCAGUGCCCUAGAUGCCGAGAGCGAGUAUCUGAUCCAACAAGCCAUCCACGACAACCUGCAGAAGCGCACGAUGCUCAUCAUCACACAUCGACUGAGCACGGUGAAGCAGGCACACCACAUCGUGGUGCUGGACAAGGGCCGUGUGGUUCAGCAGGGCACCCACCAGGAGCUGAUAGCCCAGGGCGGCCUCUACGCCAGGCUGCUGCAGCGGCAGAUGCUGAAGCUUGAACCCGCCACGGACUACACACCCAGCCACAAGGAGUCGCCUGCCAAUGGUGGCCACAAGGCCUGA